AUGGAACUUCCUGAAAAAAGCUUCCUGAAUGCUCUGCGGAUGUUACCACCACCUCCGAAGUCCAUUUCAGGAAGACCAAUUCUGUGCAGCGACGACGACGAAAUCUACAGCUCUGCACCAAUGAUAGCACUAGCCGCAGAUCUAACAGAAGCCUUCCAUAAGCUCUUUCACAAUUACUAUCCGGACGGGUCCGAUUUCGAUCCAAUCCAGCUUUUCAACUAUGAAGAACUCUGGAUAGUAGUUAAAAAUUAUGAAACUGUUCUUCUAGGCCAACAUCUCCGCGGAAUCUUGGGAAGUGAGCCUCUGCCAGGAACUUUUGAAUUGAUUAUACAGACUAUUGAACUAUGGAAAACAUCAGAAAGUUAUCGGGCUCAUAUUGAAAAAAAAGAAAGAGAUGAAGCAAAAGAUUUGGCAGCUCGGGAAGGAGGGACUCGGAUUUGGCAUGAAUACAAAGAGAAAAUGAAAAUCAAAGAAGCUUUGGCUGAAGAAAAGAAAAAAAAGGCUGCAUUACGAAUUCAAAAGUGCUUGGAAAAUGAGGCUCGUAGACAACAGGAAGAAGAAGAGAAGAGGAAUAAAUUACGACUUAAAUUACAAGGAGAAGACUCAUUGUAA